CCUCCUCCAUUUACUUCGUUUAGGUUUUCGAUCUCUGUCGCAUGGUGCUCUUGUCUCUUGUUAUGAGCUGCAGCAUGCGGUUAGCAGCGCGUCGACCCGUUACUGCUUCUCUUAAGUUAUUUCAGAGAUCAUUGGGCACGUCAAGCUUGCUUUCGUGUCAAUCAGUAAAACAGAUAUUAGCCUUUAAAGAUGUUAACAAAGCAAUUGAAAUUAAGGGAUGGGUCAGAGCGUUACGAAAACACAAGGACGUGGUGUUCUUGGACCUUUCAGAUGGGUCAACCGCAUCUAAAGUUCAGGUCGUCAUUCCUGCAGACAGCAUGAGGCCGGGCCUUUCGUAUGGGGCAGCUGUCCAGAUUCUUGGAAGACUGGUAGCCAGCUCACACAAGGGCCAGGAAUUUGAAGUGCACGCUGAAGACGUCACAGUGUUGGGACCUUGUGAUGUGGAGGCAUAUCCAUUUCAACCACGGAAGACUUACGCUCCAGAGUACACACGGAGCUUCCUCCAUUUUCGACCACGGCAGGCCAAGGAAGCUGCCAUGCUGCGGCUUCGCAGUGCUGCUUUAAUGGCGGUGCAUGCUGCAUUCCAGUCUCAAGGCUUCUUUCAUGUUCAUACACCUAUCCUGACGUCCAACGACUGUGAGGGUGGUGGGAAUGUUUUCACUGUCAAGCCCAUGAAGCAACAAGCAGCAGAGAAGGAAUCUGGCAAAGGCUUGAAGGAGCUCUUUUUUGGCAGACCUGUCUUCUUGACCGUAUCAGCCCAGCUUCACUUGGAGGCUAUUGCCAUGUCUCUGUCCAGGGUUUAUACAGUGGGUCCCACGUUUCGUGCCGAGAACUGCAACACACGGCGACACGUCUGUGAGUUCUGCAUGGUGGAGGCUGAGGAGGCCUUUGUCACAUCCUUGGAUACCUUGCUGCAGAGGACUGAAGAUGUUGUGAAGAAUGUGUUCACCAGUCUGGUCAGUUCAUCUAAUCAAGAUGUAGCUGUAAUUAUGAGAGAUGCCCCUUCUGGUCACCUUGAGAUAGUGAAAGCCGCACUGGACAAACCUUUUGUCAGAAUGACGUACAGCGAGUGCAUCAGUGUUCUUCAGUCUGCCAGAGAUGGAAAAUCCUUGCUUCAGGACAUUGAGUGGGGUCAGGACUUGAAAGCAGAGCACGAGGAAUACUUGGUAAAGCACUGUGGCGAUGGAGGACCACUCUUUGUGACACACUUUCCAUCAGCUCUUAAGCCUUUCUACAUGAAGCACUCUACUCUUCAGUCUAGCACAGUGGAAGGCUUUGACCUGCUGGCACCCUUUGGAGGUGAGCUCUGUGGCGGGAGCCUCAGGGAGGACAACCUCACAGUCCUCGAAGAACGCCUGAAGAAUCUGGGAAUUGCCGAGGCUUUCCCUUGGUACUUGGACCUUCGGAGGUAUGGAUCUGCACCCCAUGGAGGGUUUGGGCUGGGCUUUGACCGAAUGCUGCAGUAUUUUUUCGCUAUCAAAAAUAUUAGAGAUGUGGUGACCUUCCCGAGAUGGUCAAACCACUGUUCUAUGUAGUUAGUGUGAGCACUGCGUUAAAUAAAUGUUUUCUC